AUUGCAUGGUGUUGCAGUGAAACGUCCCGGCGAGAAACCGAAUUGAAUAGAAAGUGUUGUUGCUUUAGUUUAGCCGAUUGAGAAUUGGAAAGAGAAAGUCGGCUGAAAGCUAAGAGUCUGUCGUUUUGUUUGAAGAAGAAGUAGAAAGACAAAACGUUCUUGUACCAAAAAAAAAAAAAAAAAAAAAGCGGCAUUCCAAGCGAGGGCGCGGUUUUAAACAAGCCCAAAGGAAGGAGCGUGGGUCGGGUUCGGCUAUUGAGGAGGCUGGAGAAGCAAAAGGGUAAGGUGCCAAGGGUACCGGGAGCUGCAACGCCACAGAACCGCCUGGGCACACAAACAGUAGAAAUGUCUCCAAGGAAACGAAAAAAUUGUUCUUCAUUCACUGUGAAUAAUCUUGCUGGAACUGACCCUCCUGCUACUUCGGCAGCUCUUGGUAGCUCACUGAGUUCAGCACAAACACAGCCUGCUUCUCCACUGCCACAUACACGCCCUUCUUCCUCCAGCACAGCACUUGUGCCAGUCCCAAACUGCUCCUCACCCCCCUGCCUCGUAGCACAAUGCAUCUCUGAACCAGCGGUGCCAUCCUAUAACCUGGCUUCAGCACCAGCAUUGCCGCGAGACGCACAAGUGUUUGCAGAUUCUGAGAGCGUUCUGCCACUUACUCUCAACAAGAAAAGGUGUUUCUCUCCGUUCGUCAUGGCUGAAGCAAGUAGUCUCAUCCAUGAAAACCAAGUUACAUGUCCAAUAUGCCUGGAUGUUUUCACCAGCCCUGUCUCCCUUCCUUGCGGUCACAGCUACUGCAAGAAUUGCAUCGAGAAUCAGUGGGAUUCGGGUGGUUCCACGUGCCCGCUGUGUAAGGAAGAGUUUCAGAGCAGGCCGAAUCUCAAUAUUAACAGAUCCUUAGCUGAAAUUGCAGAGCAGUUCAGAAACAGCACUACUAAACAAUAUGAUGCCCGGCCUGGGGAUGUGCUCUGCAGCUUCUGCCUCAGGAGAAAGCGAAAAGCCAUCAAAUCCUGUUUGCAGUGCCUGGCCUCUUUCUGUGAGAAACACAUCAAGCCUCACUGUGAAAAACCUCCUUUUAAGAGACACACACUACUGGAUCCAGUUGAAGACUUUGAAGGGAAGGUUUGCGACUUGCACCAACAGCUCUUGGAUAUAUAUUGCAGAACUGACCAGAAGCUUAUCUGUCUUUUCUGUAUCGACAGAGAGCACAAUGGUCAUGUUCUUGUGACUGCCAAGAACGAGAGGAAAGAAAAGCAGAACGUGAUGGAGGAGACGCAAAGACGAGUAAGAGCACGACUCCAGGACAGACGGGAGAAGCUGUCAAGCCUGAAUGCGGUUGUGGGGAAAAUUGACGACCACGCGCAGAGAGAAGCUGAAGCAAGCAAUAGCAUUUUUGACGAGCUGAUCAAUUCCACUGAGAGAGUCCGAGCUGAGUUUCUCGGAAAGAUCAGAGGAAAGCAGAGUGACGCCAGGAGACCGGCCGAAGGACCGAUUCAUCAGCUGGAGCAGGAGAUCGCUGGGCUGGAGUGGAGAAACGAUGUUUUAGAACAGCUGAAGCAAUCUGAGGAUCACAUCCAUUUCCUACAGAGUUUCUCCUCUUACUGCACCCUCCCGAACGCUGCCACUGUACCCGAGGUCACUGUUAGUGCAGACAUGUGUUUUCAGGAUGUGAGGAAAGCCGUGUCUGGGAUUAAAGAUAAUCUUGAGGAUUUCUUGAGAGAUACAGAAAGAAGAUCAAAACAAAAUCUGGGGAAGAUUCAAACAUAUGCAGAUACAAGACGCAACUUGCGUUUCUACAAGAAGACUGUGCUUUACCUGGCAGUUGUGUGCUUGCUGGCAUUCGGGUGCUUUCCGGCAACACCUGCAUUCAGUGGCUUAAGCGUUCAGUAUCACAACAGAUUCACCGAGACCAGGAAGCAACUGGAGCGAGUUCAAAUUGAUUUAAACGAGACAAAGCAGAAGCUGGAGACAGCUUACAGAAUCUCCAAUCAUACAACGACGCAACUAGAGACAGCCCACGCUGCGCUUGCUGAACUAUCAAGGAAAGAAGGAGAAAUCUCAAGCACAGUCUGGAAGUGGAUUCGCGCUGCAUCAGUUGAUUUGACUCUGGACCCUCACUCUACAGCACGCUCGCAACUCAUCCUGGGUAGGACAAAAGUGGCGCCUCACCCGGGCCAUGCAGAUGUUCACUAUAGCUCCUCCUGUGUCGAGGGAAGGGAGGCGUUCACCUCAGGGAGACACUAUUGGGAGGUGAAAGUGAGGCACAGUCGCAACCUGAUAUUGGGAGUCACCAGCAAAUCUCCUCCAAAGAAGUGGGUUUUUGAUAUAAACCACUAUUGUGGUUUCUGGUCAUGGUGCACAGAGCAGUUGAGGUGGGGGGUGUUUGUGGAUUUUAAGGAAGGGUUUGUCUCGUUUUACAACGUGAAGACUAGAUCUAACAUCCACACUAUCAUGGGAACUUUUAAUGACACACUCUGCCCAUUAUUCUGUACUGUUGAAGAUCUUGAAAUAGUCUCCCCCAAUGAAACGUGAAUAACAGGACUGAAACACUUUAGAAGCAAAUGUUUUUAGCUAGUGACAAAGCAGCAGUGUCACAUAUCUGUUUAAAGCUAUUGUAUCUAGUGUCUUCUAAGUGAAACCAUGUUACUGGCUGAGAGCAUGUCAAUCAACCAGGCAAGCAGCUGAUUGGAAAAUAAGGAAAGAGGCCAUUGACGGGGGUGGGGACAAAUUCAAUCUCUGAGUAAGUGUGUAAUCUGAAAGCGUGGCUUGCAGACAGAAAUCUCUGUAACCCCUCCCUGGUGAUCGACUCUUUCAGGUUUGACAGGUCAGGUUCCUCACAUCAUUUGUGAAAUUGUAUUACUGUCAUUUUUCUGAAAAAGAAAAAAAAAUAAAUCAAUUUCCUUUCUAAUCCUGCUGGUUUAUUUCCAAUAUCUGACUAGAAUUGCCAUGGGAUUGGCUGCCCUAUGUUAUCCCCAGCUUGUGCAUCCUUGCUAACCUCACGCAUGGGGUUUACUGUGCCCAGAAACUGUAUGUAAUUAUACCUGAAUCCUUUAAUAAAAUACUAAUACUCCAGUAUCCCUGUUCUGU